GUCUGUGGAGUUUAUGUAGUGAAGUGUGUGUUUUUCACAAUGGCUCAGUAUGAUUCAUAAAAACAUCAAGUAUUUGACACAAAAUGCAGUGGGUUGUGGGAACUUGGUUUAUCACAUCUUUACUUGGCCUUGGAAGAGGGCAUAACACUUUAUUUGAAGGAUAUGAUCGAUCUCUUUCGGGUUAUCAUCGAUGUUCUGUGAAUGAAUCUGUAUUGGUGACUCAUGUGAUCUCCUUUCCAACCUCAUACACUCAAAAGAGACCAUGUGGAGGAUGGCUGCCAUGGACAGUGUGUAAUGUUACAGUUUAUCAAACAUCAUAUCGAAUGGAGUUCUCCAACACAACCAAACAGGUCAUGAAAUGUUGCCAUGGCUACGAACAAGUUGGGAGUUACUGUGCUUUGUCUUUGAACAGAAGUGCAGAAUUUACAUCAAAGCCAGGGCUCUGUCCCUCAGUGACAGAGUCUCAAUGGUAUGAUGCAAACCCAUCCAGCUCUGUGUGCAUGUGGGACAUAGAUUGCCCUAAACGGCAAAAAUGCUGUCAGAACGAAAACACCUAUCAAUGCUCAGACCCACUUCCACCAGGCAACAGAAACUGGUGCUUUAAUGCAACAAUAACAGUUAAAACAGCGUAUGAGCUUCUUAAUAUGGACAAAGGACUCUUCAACCACACACGACUUCUGCACUCUGUGGUAACUGGUGCUCUUGGCACUAAUGGCAUUUCUGUGUAUCAUCUUUGGUCCUGGGCAGCAGGGUCCUUCACAACCUCUUCCUCGCUGCAGGUUUGCUCCUCUAUAGUUUUGUCUCUGAAGAACAUAUCCACACAACUAUACAUGCUAGAAAUCAUAGAGGAGGUGACUAAUGUGGCGGUGGAAGAUGUGGAUGAAUGUGCAGUCCCGGAGUUGAACAACUGUUCCAACCACACAAACUGCAAUAAUACUGAAGGAUCUUAUGUAUGUAUCUGCCAUCAUGGUUAUGAGGACCAAAAUCCUACAGAGCCUGGAACGGUUUGCAUGGCCCCCAAAGUAACUACUCCAGCAAGUACAACAGAAAACUCCCCCACCACAUCAUCUCAACAUACUACCGGUCCUACAACAUAUACUGAUACUGGUGGAACACAAAGUAGUGAUGGACCGAUGUCAACAUCCUUUGUUGAUCAGUCUACACAAACAAAUCCAAGCAGCCAACCAUCUCCUACGUGUGACUACAUACCGGAGAUCACCAGUAUCUCUGCUAAUAAUGUCACUAAUUCCACAUUCAACGUGACAUGGACCACCAACAAUCAGACUGGUGUGAAAUUUCAUCUGGUUUUGCUACAUGGGACCACUGAACUGAAUAACUUGUAUAUAACAAGCUUGCAUUGGAUGUUUAGAGACUUGAUGCCUGGGGUUCUUUAUACUGUACGGGUCGCACCAAUUGCCUGUGAAAACAUGGGAAACCAUACGGAGGUCAAAGUGAGGACAGAUGGAGAAACGCUCAGUGCGACAGCCCGCUUGACGAACGUGGUGUAUGCACAGUAUAUGAACGAUCCAAACAAUGAAGAGUAUAAGGCGUUUUGUAAGAAUGUCAUAGAUGAGAUUUUUUCAUCCCUACCUGAAGAUAUACGGCAACUUGUUGUCUCAGGAGUGGUCACCAUAAACAUCACGUCACUGUCCAACGGCAGUGUGAUUGUGAACUUUUCUAUUGUAUUUCAACCAAACAGCAACUUGAGCUUGUAUAAUGUGUCCAGUGCUCUCAUGACAUCACUGCAGAGCAGCCAUGUAUACACUGUAGACAACAGCAGUAUACACAUAGAAGAUUUAAAUGAGUGUUUGUUGGGUAUGGUGGACUGCUCUCCAUGGGCUGACUGUAAUAACACCUAUGGCUCGUACACCUGCGACUGUUGGUAUGGGUACGAAGACUUGAACCCCAGUAGAAAAGGGCGCAGCUGUGCAGCUACAUUCUCAACAUCAACUCCACCAUCUUCUACUAUAAUCUCCACCACACUGAACUUCGAUCGAACCUCAAAUGAUCCCAUAACAACCCCAGACUCUUCCACGACAUCCACAACUCCUGUAACAACGGCAGCAGCGUCCAGCAAUAUGGUGAAAGUGACUUCCACAACCCUAAAAACUGACAGACCAGUGACCAGUACCACAACUCAAGCAACAUCAUUCAGAUCCAAGGCAUCAAGCCUGUCUAGCGUCUCAUCUACCAACCAUAUGCCACCUGGUACCAAGAUAAUAGCCGUUCAGUGCAACCCUGGUUACAUAUCAGUCAGGGUAAGACGAGACUACCUGGACAUCAAUAAUAUUUCAGUGAGUUCCCUUUACCUCGGUCAACCCGAAUGUGGACCAAAAAAAGUACAUUUGACUCACGUGCAGCUCAUCGCGGCCUGGAAUAAGUGUGGUACUACACUGGAGCAUAACAGCACCCAUAAUACAAUUCAUGUGACUCUUUAUAACAACAUCAGCAGUUUGAUUUUUCUGAUGGCUGCUCCUAAGCGUUUGGCAGUUCCCAUCAUCUGCACCUACCCCAGAAGCAUUAACAUCUCCACGGGAUACUCACCCACAGGAUAUUCUGACAUAAUGAACGAUGUAGUGGAAGGAUCUGGUAGUUUCCAGGUUACUGUGAGGCUGCUGAAUGGGACGUUUCCACUACCAGAGAAUUACACGCUCUCCCCAGAAGACGAGGUCACUGUGGAGGUCGCGGUCAACACAACUAUAACUCAAAUUAAAGUCAUUAUUAACAAGUGCUGGGCCACACCCACCAGGGACUCAUUACAGCCUACCAGCUAUCUGUUUCUGAAUAAUGGCUGUCCAACACAAAAUUCACACACCACGGUUAUUCAGAACGGGAACGACACUGUGUCUUUGAUAUCAGUGAAGAUCUUUGCAUUAGUGGAAGUGAACAUCAUCUACCUGCACUGUCAGAUCCAGAUCUGUGUGGAGAUUCAGGACAACACCUGCAGACCUACUUGUGUGGAGAGAGCAUCCAGGUCUGCAAAUCUAAUUGGAGUGACAAAGGCAUCAUUUGGACCCUUGCUCAGAUUAAGUACCACAGAACCACCAAGCGACGCAACAGUUUCCACUCAAACGAUUGAAUAUGUUCUGCUUGGUGUUGGUCUGGUUCUGUUUGCCCUGGCUGUCAUUUUUGGAUUGUUGUGUCACAAAAGGAGAGUAGGGUCGUACGACUUCUCUGUUAAACCACCGCCGGAAAACUUGACCUAUCUUACAUUUAACAAAUAAAUGCUUUUAGGUAGUUAACUCUG